UAAACAGCGCCAGAAGGGGCUGCAGGAGGAACAUUUCCUCGUGUGGCACCGCGGUGGGGGGCCGUGCGGCGGUGACCUGCCUUAUCUGGUGCUCUUCGAGCAGAUAAGGGGCGCUGCGCUCCCAAUUUUGUGCCGGAUAUCCAGGAACGUGCCUCGGGGCGCUUCCCCCAGGGGACCUUUUCAGGAGGUUGCAUCAGGGCAGGUGCCUGUUGAAACGGGGGCAGGAUUAGCAGCAGGAUCACCUGGGUGCUAACCACGCGGCUUUUCCAUUCUACUUCCCAGCGUUUAAACUAGAGAAAUGGCUCUCCCCGUGCUCAAAUUCCAAUUUUCCUGCCGUUUUCCUGCCCUAGCAGGUGUGGCUCCACCCAGGGGUGAGGUGGAGGCUGAGCCCGGGGUGCUCGAGGCUGUCCUGCAGGAGCUGAGGUCUCUGUCGCCUCCUCUGAGCUGCUGCACAUCCUCCUUCAGUCUGCUUAUACUCUAGAGGAGGGGGAGCACCCACGUUUCAAACACGUUCCUUAUUUAAAAUGCAUUUGGACUGAUGAUUUUAAUGGUAUUUUAACAACUUACUGGGUAUGACUGCUGUAGAAAUCUGUUAAAGAAGACUGCGGCGUGCCUGGGGAGAGCUGCGCCCCCUCUCAGGGCAAACGCAGGCUCUGCCAGCCCAAAUUCCUCCAUGGGGCAGUGGGGAAUAGCCUGGGGUGAGGGAACUGAGGUGGGGCAGACCCGAAGCUGUGUGCUGCUCGGCAGGAACAGUUAUUUCCACUUACAAGAACAGAAACCGAAAGCAAGCAGUUAAAGAACCCAGGGGCGUGCCUGGACCGGGCUCCUGUAGCGCCGGGCUGUUAAAGGUUUGCUUCGAAAUUGGGGAUGUUUCUAAAGAUCCUCAGCCCUUCCAAACCAUCAGAGAGUCUUAAACCUGGGCUGUGAGGAGGAAGAUGCCUGUGGAAGUCCUUAGAGGAUUCCCCACCCUUUUCAGCCUGGGACCCUCGCCCCUGAGGGGGACGAGACAGAGAGAAAUUUGCAGUUGGCUGCUUCAAACCUCUUUUUCCAAGUCUCUCCUUUCAGCUAAAACCUGGCACCCAGGAAGGGCUGAAUGUGGAAACGAGAACGUCGGUUCAAAAACAAGAGCGUGAAUAACAUUUUCUGGUUUGGCUAAUUGCAGCUCUUUGUUUUGAAUUAAAGAUGCGGCCUUAAUGAAAAUAACGGCUCCUAUUUUGGGUGGAAACAACGCCUUUGAGCCCGGCGGUGGUGGAGCAGCCGCGGCCAUUCGUUUAUCGCUUCGAAGGCCGAAAUCAAACGGCUCCUCUGCUGCUUCGCCCUCCUGUUUAAAUUGCUCCUAAGCAGGCUGCUGUGUGUGCAGGAUUAGAAGCCUUUGGUGUGCACUAUAAUAGGCUUUGAGGCUUUAAGGGAGGAUCACUGCGGCGCAGGUAGCUGAUCUGAUGGCUUCGGGUGUCUCAGGGCCCCUCCUGCCUAUCGCCCAAGCACCUCGUGCGUUUCUUCCCCGUCUCCUGGCUGCUUCAAAGGCCUCCCCGAGCAUCUCCCUUUGUCCCUCUGUGCUGUGAGUGAAGAGGCUCCGGCAGGCUUUCAAGCUGGCUGUUCUCGUGACCCCGUAACGCUCCCCUCCCGCCCCCCUUUUUUCGCUUUGGAGAAGGAAAUUCCUGUUUCACGCUGGUGCGGCUUAAUUAAACAGCGAGGGCUCUGCGGGGUUCCCGCUGCUGUUUAGCAAAUAGCUUCGCUGCCCUGUGUGUUCAGCUCUUCUCUGAACUGGGGGGGUUAUUUUUUUGAAGUACUGGCAGCGCUGACGCAGGCAGGGGCAUGAUCCUUCACCAAAAAAAAGUCGGGCCUCGCUGAUAAGGAUUGGGUUUUUGGGGCCUCGGAGGCUUUCGUCGCUUUCUGGAAUCGACAAAGAAUGGCCGAUUUUUUGAAAGGAUUACCGGUCUACAACAAAAGCAACUUCAGCAGAUUCCAUGCGGACUCCGUAUGUAAAGCAUCAAACAGAAGACCAUCGGUAUACCUUCCCACGAGAGAAUACCCAUCUGAACAAAUUAUAGUAACAGAAAAGACAAAUAUACUUUUGCGUUACUUACAUCAGCAGUGGGACAAAAAGAAUGCAGCAAAGAAGAGAGAUCAAGAGCAAGUGGAAAUAGAAGGUGAGAAUUCGGCGCCACCACGGAAAAUCGCUCGGACAGACAGCCAGGAUAUGAACGAGGACACUUAAACUCUUGGCUUUCUCCUCUACUACUUUGCAGGCGCUUCCUGUUUUGUCUCAAAGUGUGUAAAUUUCGCCCCUUGCCCCCAUCUCUCACCCAUCCACUAUGCAGCCCAAACCACUUCUGACUUCAUAGGAGCCAAUGUAUUUAUUUUUUCUCCGUUUUUUUUUUUUUUUUAAUUUAUGCCGUAAAACUUACGGAGCAAUGGUGGAACAAUCCAGUAAAACACGUAGUAUAACCUUAGUUCCUCCUCUCUCAAAAGCAUACACUGUCACUUUUACAGGUUUUGUUAAAUCUGUUACCUAACCAACCGGGUCUAGCUAUGGAAGCCUGAGCAGGAGAUGGGUUGUUACAGACCCCUGGCGUGGUGCAGGCUUUUUGAUCCAUGUACCCAUUGACACGUUACGAGUGGUUCAUUCUUCUUUGUGCCCAGUCCAGCCAUAAGUGUGGGGCCUCACUAUUUUUUUCUCAAAUACUCUGAAAUUGGCACUGCACUUAAAAAAAAAAAAAGAAAAAAAAAAAAAAAAAAAAAGAAAAAUCAUGGGUGUCAUUUAGGAUUAUGUUGAUCUUAGCAAAACGUGUUGUCAACUUGAUAUAUCAGUUGUAUUCUUUUGGUCUGUUCUGUGAGGGCCACGGCCGUUUGGCAGCGUACAUUAUCUCAUGCGUCAGUGGUCAUGGAGAAUUCAAGUGAAAGGUGUGUUGCUUGUGUUGCUCUUUUAAUUCUAACAGUCUCUUGGUCUUGAACAGACUGAUAUGUGCAACUUCUCCGUUGGAAUAAAAGGAUGCUUUUAUCCUAUUCUGAGUAUUUGAUCAACAGUGUAUUUAAGCAGCAGCUGAUGGAGUGGAGUUGGGUAGGCGCCCUGCAGGCAGCGCUUGGCCGGAUGAGUCUGGGAGCACCUUGGCAACUAGAUCUAGUUCUCUGUGUCGACUGCCGGCUCUGACUAAUGGUACGUUGAAUUUCCUGCGAUAUCGGCAUGUCUGGAGUGGAGUCCGGGACUUUGAUCCAAACGUGAGCUUCCGUGGUCUCCGUUAAAGACCAACCCAUCUCUUUUGGACUGGGACAGCUCAGUGCCUGUUGCCUGUAACCCUUCACUGACUCUUCAGGAGGAGCAGAAGUGGAGACCUGUAAGUCGUCCAGGUGGAGUCGGAGGUUCAGAGACUUAAAAGGAAAUGACCAUCGUCGCUGAAGGGGACAGGGAAGGUGUAGUUUAGUAAUGAUGUCUUGUCUGCUUUAAUGUAAGAAGCUGACUUCACACUGUGUUAGUUUAAAUUGAUGAAGUUAUAACUGUGUUUUUUCCUCGUUCACCAAUCUGAAACACCAGUUCAAGAAAUCUCACACGAACGUUGUUCUGGAGAUCCGGGAUGAGCCUAGUUCUGUGCAACUGCAGUGGCCACGAGCCUUGAGGCCAGGGUUUCUGCUAUCCCCUUCUCCACAGCAGCCCCUUCCUACCAGUGGACGCCACGAGAUCAGGUGUGGGGGCGAAGGGGACCCGAAGGGAGAUAGACCAUUGCUUCUGACUGCGUGUUAUGAGGCAGAACCUUGGGAAGAGCAGGGCACAGCUCACUCUGCGUUCUCAAAUGUGUGUUAGGCACCGAGUUCCUGAUGCAGCGAAUGAAUUUAACUCAAAGUUAACACCGAGUAGCUUAGAACUUUGUACCUGCCUCAGAAAACGUUACCUUUUUGCGAUGGCAGUAACCUCCAAAUUACUGGAAUGUUGUUGGAAAUGCCAACCGUGUUGGUGAAGAUAAAAACUGCUUAGAAUUCCGUCAGAUUUACUGGUAAUUGCAAGAGGACUUCUCCCAGCGUGCCCGUACCAACAAGUACUUCUGUGCAAAGUGCAGGAUGUUAACUGAAGAUGCUGUGUUAGCAUCUGGUCUCGCAGGGAUCACCUGAAGCUGAAGAAUCCUGUGAAGAGCUGUGAGAUACCAAAAGAGGAAACGGACAUGCAGCUGGUGGUAAAGUGUGACCAAUUUGUGUGUUUUAGCAAAGCUUGAGAGCUGCAGCCUUGCAGACUAAUGUUUGUACAGUGCGUUGAAGUUGUAAAAUGCUGUAUACUUGAUUGACAUGGCAAGGUUUGGGCUUUGCUGACUUCUCUGCUAGACAGAGUGAUGUACUAUUAAAGAGAGUUGGCAGUUCCUUCCUGUCGUAAACCCCCGUCUUUGUUCCCUCCGUGUCGUUAAAAAUUCUCUUGUUGGUUAUGGGAGCCUUUGAGAUGUUUCAGAGAUUUUUAGGAGGUAAGAGAAGGUUGCCUUUUUAUUUUUAUUUUUUUAAAGUAGUUCUGAAGUGAUGGAGAAACUAAUCUUCAAAGAGAUGUGACCUUAAGUAUCAAACUUGUCUUUUUUUGUUUGUUUGUUUUUUUGCAUUCAUGGUUGAGCACAAGCAGUGUGGAUUUCUAAUACCCCCAGUGGGUCUUUCUACAUCUCAUCUGAUCUGCAGCGAGAGCUCCCUCCUCUCCUUCCUUCUCCAGCUCACUUUUCCUGCUGCUCCUGGCUCCAGAGUGCUGUCCUCAAGCUAUUGCACUUUGAUCCUAUCUGUUUAAUCCAUGGUAAGUGUAUCAGGUUUGAGUGUUGCAUGGAAGAUCUUACUUGCCUAACUGUGACUUCCUGGUGCCUUAGUGCAUUGAAAACAACAAAAAUAAGAAAAAAAACCCAAACCCUGGAUUUCUUGCUGACCACACUGUUUGUACAAUGCCUAGCUCUUCGCACUUCAGCCUCUCUUGUUACAAAGUGACUGAAAUUUAGUGACCCUCAGGGGUUCUUUUGUACGUGUCUGCCUAGUGGAAUUUGUAUUGUUUCUGUUACCAAUGUACACUAAAGGUUUGGGUUUUUUAAUGAGAACUUGAGAUACUUGUCAGAGAUCAGGAUUUUUUGUAGCUGAAUAGGGAAUCUUUGCUCAGUAGUCAAAGCAGCAGGAGCACGUUUCUUUCUACCAGGGGACGAUGAGUCCAUCCAGGACCAGACUGUCCUGUUUGGGGGCAUCUGUGCUGCCAGGCAGGGCGCUCCUGCACUAAACAGCAGUUGAGAUGUAUGUUGGGUAAGUUUAGAAUAUUAAAAAGUUAGGCACUGCCUUUUUCGAACAUAAAAAUACACUAGUGACUGAUGUGCAGGGAAACUAACGUUUUGUCUAGGUUAAUUCUUGGUAUCAUAUAAUUUUAUUUUAUUUUUAGGGGAGAAAUAGUCAAAAAAAACCACCAACCUACUCCUCACAGCGUAAGAGUUGGAGGAGGGGGGGGAAUGUUGGAAAGAAGGGCAGAUUUUAACAUGUUCUGCCCAGCUGUGAAUUCACAGGGAACUGCAUCAGAGCAGCAAAGUGUUUGUUGUUUGCAUUUAUGGCUGAUUCCUGACGUUUGCCGGAUUAGUUUGUUUUGUCUGAGGAUGGUCGGUUAGGGAACAUCUGCACGGGUGGCUUUCAGGCUGCUUCCUCUUUCUGUCCUUGGAAGUUUUUCAAGGCCCUAAUGGACGAGGCCCUGAACCCGCUGCGCGUUCGGUGUCGCCCGCGCUUCGAGCAGGAGCCUGGAGGUGACAGUAGUAAACCCAGGGAAAUGCAAAACGCAGCAGAACCCGUGGCUGGAAGGUUGGCUUUUGUACCAAACUGGCAAGUGAAGGACUGCUACGAAGCUUACGGAGCUGGCAAGCACGUGCAGAAGUUUUUGAUGAGCCCUGAAACCACGUUGAGCUGUGAAGACCCAGUGAUCAGCAGCGGGAUGGAAAUCCAGGCUGGGAGGGCAGGAAGGAGCCGCUCAGCUCCUGCCUGAGGCUGCUGAGCUGCAGCUGGGCUGCAAAGUGUUCAAAGUCUUUACCAGAGGAGUAUUUAAGGUGGACAGGAUGCCUUUCACAGGAAGGGAACAGGCUUUUAGAGUCAUUUAGAUAAGUUAGAUCUGAUUUAAAGAAAAAAAAUAAUACUUUGUGUCUGUCCUAGGCUAAAAAAAGAAGCAGCAGCAGUCUUAAAGUCUGGGAUUUCUGUCCCAAGCUGGCUUCUGAGCCUGGGGAUGAAUCCCAAGGAUGCACGUAACCUGGGCACUCUUUUCUGCCAUCAUAAUCCUGGUGAGAACGGGGUAAGCCAAGCUGUUGGCUGGCGAGCUCCACGUGCAGGCAGUUGUUUGGGGUUUUGCUGAAGGCCCCGUGUGGGGAAGGCUGUGCGGUGUGCUCCCGAGUAGGAUCAGGUGGCAGAUGGGUUUCCUUCCCUCCAGCGUGUGCCUUACGCAGCAGUUAGUCAUGGGUGCUCGGGCUGCUUCCUCUGAGACGACUUCUGAACGUGAUGAACAUUAACCUCAGCGUUCUCACUCUGCACUAGAUAGAACAGGUCGAACUUCAGAGCUUUAUUUUCUGGCGAGCUCUUUGUCUCUGGCCUUAAUGGCAAAGGCUAAGCAGGAGUCUUGGAUUUUUUUUUAUUUUGUUCUUAAAUUCUGUGGCUAUUGGCUCUGUUACCAGCUACUGUUUCCUGGCUUGUUUAUUUACCACUAGCUUCAUUUUUUUCUUGUAGAUAUGCGGGUCUUUUUGAAAAACCUUUACAAUAGGAAAAUAGUUUUCCUGCAUUAAUGACGUCAGCCUGGCAGCAGGGGAAUUGAGCGAUGUGCUGACCGCGACCAGAGGGCUUCCACUUGACGUCUCUCCGUGUCAGGUUUUAUCUUACAAUUUUUUUUUGCUGUCUAACAAGGAGUGGGAAAUCCUUUUCUUUACAGAAGAGAGGGCUGAAUCUACCUGGGAGAGCAGCUCGGGGUAUUUUUGGGAGCGAGAUGCGGAGGCUGUGCUGGUCGCGGUGCCCAGGAGGGGUGUUGCAUCACGGGCUUGGUGAAGCACAGGCUGACCUUCACGCUGUGCUGACUGCGCUUUCGGGUUUCUCUUCUGCUGCCUCACAAAUGUCUGCGGCUUGAUGGCGAGCGUGCAGCCCAGGGGUCUCAUCUGACAGCUGAUCCGGGAGGUUUUGGUGCCAGAAAUCACCCGAAAGGCUGAGCCAGCAGGCUGGCCAGGUGGGCUGGCUGCGUGGGCUGACAGCUGGGGCUAGUGGUCGCAUCCAGCCCGCCGUGCCCAUCCUGAGCCGUGUGCUGAGCUGUCUUCUGUGUGAAACGCCUGUCAUCUCCAGAGUUUAAUGUCAGGGAGGACUUCUGGAACCUUUCCUUUCUCAAUUACUGGAAAAAAAAAACUUCUGUGUAUUGGAAAGGCUGCAGGGAGGAACUUUUUGUGACAAGCAAGGGAACGACACGCCAGCUUUGAAGUUUUCUAACGCUGGGACUGUUUUUAAAGGCGAAAACUUUGCCAGUUUGUCCCCAGAUGUGACAAGCCGAGUCUCCCCCUGGGUGUGAUUUUAGAGUUAUCUUGUUCUAGGAAUUUAAGAAUUCUGAUUAGAAGCCUUCAUGCCUUCUGAGGAGCUGGCUGGGUUAACGUUUUGUGGUGGAGGGCCAGAUUUUACCGAUACAAACCCAAAAGCGGGCAUUGGGCUGGCAGGAUGGAAGGGCAGCACUGCGAAACCUCGACCCUAUUCCCAACUGGGAUUUUCCUCGUGCAGGAGCUGGCUGGCCAGGAGUUUUAGGUGAUGUAAGGUGGGCCACUUUUUGCUACCCCCCACGCUGUGAGGUGCAGGCAGGGCUUUCCACCAGCUCGUGGGCUGAGCCCAGUCCUCAGCUCACCACCCCUCUAGGAAAGCGAAGCUGCCUUAAAGCUGCCUCGUGCCCCACGAGGACAGAAAUUUAUCCUCUCUUUGCUACAAUUCUGCUUUCAAUUUCCUCCCGUUCCUGACCAAAGCGAGCUUCGUUCGGCUAGCGAGCCGGCAGCGACGCCUCUCGUUGCUCCCAGCUCCACACCCAUCACCGGGAUGAUUUGUCCCAGUCAGCUCCAACCCGAACUGCCUCUGCUACACCCACACGCGGUGCUUUUCCUGCAGACACCUGAACAGGUCAAAGAGCUUAUCAAAAAGCUUUUCCCCGCUUUGAUAAGCAGCACGGAGGCCGAGUGUGGGUAGGGCUGGGGCAGCUGGCGUGGCUGCGGGCAGGACGGGGCCGUUCAGUUUAUUCCUUAGCCACGGUUUUGGGGUGCAGGGACGCGAGAUGCCCCAUGAGAUACCGCAAGAAACAGCGUGAGGUCGGACUGGAUGUGCCGAGCUGAGUCACGGCCUCUGCACCGCGCUCGUGCUGCCUUCCAGAUGCAUUCGUUUCUCAUUAAUCAGUGCGCAGCGUGCCAUUAGCGGGCCGUGCUGGGUAUUUUUAGUUAAACCACCCGGCCCUGGCCUGUCCCGCACCCCGACCGAGCGGCUCAGAGCAGCUCUCAGCUUUCUGUCCCCCCGUGCCUGCUGUGGCUCCUCGCUCCAUUCAGCACACGCCAUCCCAGGCUGGUUUUCGCAGCGCGGCGUCGAGCUUGUGAGUGUGUGUUAAUUUCCCACCUGUCUCCGUGAGUUUUUCCCUCUUUUUGCAAAAAAAUCCUGUCUUGUGGGGCCGGGAGAAUGCGUUUUUUUGUUGUGUUUUGUAUUUUUUUUUUUUCUGACAGCUGCGUGUUGGCAGAAGGGCUGCCGUCGUGGAGUGCCUGUAAAUACACUGCUAGUCAAAUGUCACGGCCAUUGGAAUUUUGCAUUUAUUUUUAAACUCUUCCAUGUUUGAUACUGUGUACAAUAAAUUUGCAGAAUUUA